UGAUUCGGACUCCCUUUGUUUGGCCUUCAGCCGUUCAAAGUUCAAAUCAAAUUGAAAAAAAAAAAAAAAAAAGGAAAAGAAAAGGAAAAUUCCAUCCGCAACGGUCCAUUGCCCUGCCAUGGAAGUUGAAUCACAAUCAGAGUUCCCGUACUGGAAGCCUUUCCGACGGAGGUUCGAUCCUGAUUCUCCCUUCUUUGCCUCUGGAAAUGCCGAGCGCGAGAUCUUAGCCAAACAGGUUGCCUUGGAUUUAACCGAAGAUGAAAAGCUACAGCUGCAUAAUAUGGUAGUUGAUGCUAGCAGUGAAAUCUUCUGCCCAAUUGUUGGUUGCGGUGCACACUUGAAAUCUUUGGAUGACUUUGAAGAUCAUUACAAUUCGCGGCAUACUGCCUCCUGUUCAGUUUGCCCUAGAGUUUACCCGACAUUGCGCCUGCUUAGUUUACAUGUGUCUGAGGCGCACGACUCGUUCUUUCAAGCAAAAGUUGCGCGUGGCUAUGACAUGUAUGAAUGCUUGGUGGAAGGUUGUGGUUUGAAGUUCAAAAGCUACAAAAGCAGACAGCAGCAUCUAGUUGACAAGCAUAAAUUUUCUGCUUCAUUUGAAUUCUUUAAGAAAGCUCAUCCAUCUAAGAAACAAAGACAGAAAUUACAUCAUAAACAAGCCAUUCAAGGAAAGGAAGAAACCUCUGAAAUGGAAGUUGAGGACGAAGCUAUAGAUGGCCUCAUUUCGGGAGUAUCUAAACUAAGUACUUCGGACUCAACUCCUUCAUCAAUCAGCUUUGGCCGGAGGCACACUCGAGGGUUAACAUUUGUUCCUCGAGCAGUUCAGCAAGAAAAAGUGUCCAAGUCCUCAAAAGCUGGAACAAUGAGAUAAAAAUUGUGUAUCUAGACCAAGUAUGUCUCCCGUUUCCAGCAUACCUGCUUCUAACUUUUGCUGCAUGGUUUUUAUUGUUGGUUCUUCUCAAUGAUAUCUGGGGUUGCAGCAUGUCAGAGUUGAACCCUUUUUUUUUUUCUUUUUCAUUUGAUAUUGAUUUGAUCAUUGACCUCAUCCGAUGGUUGAUUCGUAGUCAUUUUGUAGUUGGGAUGUAAUUUGAAACAUCAUAUAGGAAAUGGUAGGGAUAUAUUGAGUUUCAAGAUGGCAGAACUAAUUCCUAUUUGACUUGCAA